UCGCGGUCUUAUGAAUUCUUUGAAUAUUCGUUUCUCCUCUGAAAGAAAACGCUGCGCUGUUACACGAAGGCGAGAGGAGUCCAGCUCUGAUGAUUUUAAUCCUAUUUAUCAAUGAUUUGCCGCUUGUCGCCAUUCUCGCCUGCAUAUCUCGACUUUGUGCUAAUUCAUCCAAAGUUUAUAACACGGAUUAGAUCUCAUCGACAAGUCAGAAAGAUCGAGUUCAAUUAUGCUAUCAGUGACUACGGAACGUUUUAUCACUUCUCUCAUAAUAAUUGUAGCGUCCCGACGCGACUGUUACCAAACGAUACGCGAUUGCAAAUAUUAAUAAUCAUCAUUAAAAAAUCAUCAGAUCUGCAUCUCGAUCGUAUAAAACGUCAAAGCCGGUUUUCACGAGUUUCCAAGAAUCGACCGAUCGACCAUUGGUUUCGGCAACAAUUAAACGGAUGCUGCAUCCGCACGUAACUGACGUUACCUGCUCGAAUAAUUGAUCCUCACAAUGAGAUGACCUGUGCUCAAUUUCAAUUGCGUAAGCUCGUCUGGGGCACUUCGCUAUCUCCCCAUCAGAGCUACGCUCCGGCUUUGCUUCCCCUUUACUUUCUCCUUUCUCUCCAUCCCAAUUUCCACAAUUUCCCCACGCAGCGAGCCAUCAGCUCCAGCGCGGAGCGCUCGGAGAUUAUUUCUCUUACAGGUGUCCAAGAAUAAUGUAUUUCGUAUCGUAUCGAUUAGAUUGAUAUCGCGACGCCCGGACGUUCCCGACAAUCUUUCGGUUAAAGCGACUUACUGCAUCAGUCGAAUAGAUAUAAUUUCAGGCGAAGGUAGACACUCGGGUGCCACAAUUGCGUUUCCCACCUGAAAAACAGCAAAUCCAGGAUUUCACGCGUAAAGUAAAACUUCACAUCGCCUCUUCGCGCAAUUUCGUCGAAUUUCCCAGGAAAACCGAAGGACUUUUCCAGCGUUUCGCUUCUCGUGCAUCCGUUCGCAGUGUUGCCGAUAAAAAACUUGAUCUUCGAGUACGCGUCCCACAUGCGAUACACGAGGCCCCGUGACACAUGUGACAGUACGUAAUUAACUAUCGACGGGUUCUCAUUAAUUAUUUAUUAUUACCAGAGUCUUUAAUAUCUUUCGCCGCGACGGGAUAUUUUCUCGUGUCACGAACUCUGUAGAAAAGUCUUAUCGCUAUUGUUUUCGUGGUCAGUUCUUCAUUGAUCAAAUACAGCAGCGCCAGUAGGCAGCCCGUGGAAAGAAAGAAAUGUUUCGCAUAAGCGUCGAGAGUGGCAUAGAUUCCCAGUAAAAAUAAAAUUUCCCACAUUUCCGACCUGUCGUCGAACCGCCUUCUCACGGUCGUCCGCAAAUUCUCUCUCCAGAGCCGAAGAAGCGGUUCCGCCGUUAAUUGUGAACAGGACAUGAGCGGCGGUAAGGAUUGCGGCCUCUGCGGGUUUUAUCCACGAUGGCUGCGGGCCAGGGCGACGCCGAAGAACUUCAUCGCGGUCUACGGUCUCCUGGGCACCAUCCAGGCCAUGGCCUUCAUCUACAUAGUGGUCACGUUGACGACCUUGGAGAAGAGAUUCAAAAUUCCAAGUCGCACCACCGGUAUCAUUCUAUCCGGAAAUGAAAUUUCCCAAAUUCUCUCACUCGUACUGACUUACUACGGGGGUUCCGGACAUCGUCCAAGAUGGAUCGCAGUGGGCGUUGCUCUGAGCGCAGCAUCCUGUCUGGUCCUGGCUCUUCCGCACGUGAUAUACGGCCCUGGAAAGGAUGCACUGGCUCUCACCAAGGAGUACCUGGACCACACUCUGCUCAAUGCAACUGGUACGGAUUCCUCGCAUAUAGCCAUCUGUCCCAGGAACAACAAUCCGGAGCAGUGCGACGAGAACGCCAUGAUGGACAUAAGCUAUCUGCCGAGGCUGCUUGUCUUCGUCUCGCAAUUUAUAUUAGGGAUAGGAACGACCCUCUAUUACGGAUUGGGUCAGACGUACUUGGACGAUAAUACCAAGAAAAAGAACACACCUAUGUUGCUAGGAUUCACCUUCGCACUGCGCACCAUUGGUCCAGCCGUGGGAUUCGUCCUGGCGUAUGCCUGCCUCAAUCUCUAUAUAGAUCCUACUCUUCAUCCGGUGAUCACGAAGAAGGAUCCACGCUGGUUAGGAGCCUGGUGGCUCGGCUGGAUAAUUCUUGGCGUGACGAUGGCCAUGUUUGCUGUGCUUAUCGCCAUGUUUCCCAGAGAUUUGUCAAAGCCAAAGGUCACGCAGAAGAUCGACGGCGAGAUACCGUUGAAGAAUGAUCUGGUACCGAUGGAAAAGGCUGGUAUACAGCAACCGGAAGUUAUUUUUCCGGAAACGGUCGAGGAGCAAUACGUGCCUACUAUGAGAGAAUUUCCGACAGCCAUCAAAAGAAUUCUUACUAAUAAAUUAUUAACGUGUAACAAUCUCAGCGGCGUCUUUUAUGUCCUGGGCGCUUCGGCGUACAUUACGUUCCUGGCCAAGUAUCUGGAAGUGCAGUACGGUACAUCGGCUGCAGGUGGCACCGUGAUAGCAGGACCAAUCUCGCUGAUCGGAAUGGUACUGGGAUUUCUACUGACGGGUCUGUUCAUCAGCAAAUUCAAACCAGGCCCCAGGAAGCUGCUGGCAUGGAACGUCUUUGUGGGCAUUUGCUUUGUUAUCGGUCAGAUCAGUUUCGUAUUUCUGGGCUGCACUGUUACGGGGAUCCGUGGACUCGAUCUCGAGACUAUGCAGAUCAAUCUGACGUCUGGGUGCAAUGCUGAUUGCGGCUGCGAGGGGACGAAAUACGCGCCCGUCUGUCACGAAGCCUCAAGAACGACCUUUUACUCGGCCUGUCAUGCCGGCUGCAAGACCAUUGUGAACGAUAACGAAUUUGGAAAUUGCUCCUGUUUGCCUAUCGUCAAAGUUCCUGGCUCUAUGGGUCGUCAUCACGAUGCUGACUCUGAAUUGCGGAGGUUGGCUCAGGAUCACAGGCACCAAUUGGUACCAGUCGAAGAUCCUGGAUACGAUUCGGUGAAAUCGGGACCUUGUGUCGGUGAAUGCAAAACACCCUAUAUACUCUUCAUGGUGAUCACUUGCUUUAUCCAAACUCUGGCCUGCUCUGGGAAGAUCGGCAACGUGCUGGUGAAUUACAGGAGUGUUGAGAAAAGGGACAAGAGCUUUGCACAGGGCGUAACGCUCAUGACCAUUUCUCUAUUUGCUCUGAUACCCGGACCAAUAAUUUACGGUGCCAUCAUAGACUCCACGUGCCUCAUAUGGGAGGAAUCUUGCGGGACCAGGGGGAACUGUUGGUUCUAUCACAGAGACAAUUUCCGAAUCUUGGUAAACAUCUCGGCUGCUGGUUUCUCCCUGAUUGGGGUCUUGUUCGACGUGUUCGUGUGCUAUCUGGUGAAAGACCUAGACCUCUAUGGGACCCAGGAGGACGGACGCCGGGAAUUCGUUAAGGAGCAGCUUCCGGUGACGUUGCAGAGUAACCGGAAGCAAGAGGUCAACGGGAACGCAAACGUGAACCAGAGGAUAGAGCAGAGUCACGGUCACGAUCUGCAAUCAUGAUGCACGAACCGGAGACUUUCUUCCGUUUUAUCGAAAAUAUUUGAUUUUUAUAAAUUCCUAUAAGAUUUCUACUUCUUUCUCUAGGAACAAUGGCGACGCCAAAUUUUGACAAUCAUAGGACAUGUAACCGAUCGCUGUCUCGCUCAGGACACAAGAUGCUCGGUGAGACGGCUCGUAGAGUAGCUCGUUUUGUAAAUAAAAAUUUAACGUUUUUAAUAA